UCGGAGCGGGAGGGCCGGGCCGCGCGCGGGACGCCCGCGCCAUGGACCGCGCAGAGGUGGGAGCCGGCUGCGAGCUGCAGCGGGUCGGCCCCGCGCGCGGCCCCCGAGAGAUGGCAAAUCCUGAGGUUGUUAUUAGUAGCUGCAGCUCCCAUGAAGAAGAAAAUAACUGCAGUUAUAACCAGGGGACAUCUCCCACUCAGGAGCUCCUGUUAGAAGAUCAGAUGAGACGCAAACUCAAAUUCUUUUUCAUGAACCCUUGUGAGAAGUUUUGGGCUCGAGGUAGAAAACCAUGGAAACUGGCCAUACAAAUUCUAAAAAUUGCAAUGGUGACUAUUCAGCUGGUACUUUUUGGAUUAAGUAACCAGAUGGUGGUAGCUUUUAAGGAAGAAAAUACUAUAGCAUUCAAACACCUCUUCCUCAAGGGAUACAUGGAUCGUAUGGAUGACACCUAUGCCGUGUAUACACAAAGUGAUGUGUACGAUCAGAUCAUCUUUGCAGUGAACCAGUACUUGCAGCUCCGCAACAUCUCUGUUGGCAAUCACGCUUAUGAAAACAAGGGAAUGGAGCAGUGUGCCAUGGCCAUCUGUCAGCACUACUACAAGCAAGGGAACAUCUACCCUGGGAAUGACACCUUUGACAUCGAUCCAGAAGUGGAAACUGAAUGUUUUUUUGUCGAACCAGAGGACUCUUUCCACAUUGGAACCCUAGAAGAAAACAAGCUCAAUUUAACACUGGACUUUCACAGACUCUUAACCGUGGAUCUGCAAUUUAAACUGAAGGCCAUUAAUCUCCAGACUAUUCGUCAUCAUGAGCUCCCCGACUGUUAUGACUUUACUCUCACUAUUACGUUUGACAACAAGGCACAUAGUGGAAGAAUUAAGAUAAGUUUAGAUAAUGACAUUUCCAUCAGAGAAUGUAAAGACUGGAAUGUAUCUGGAUCAAUUCAGAAGAACACACAUUACAUGAUGAUCUUUGAUGCUUUUGUUAUUCUGACAUGCUUGGCUUCCUUGAUCCUCUGCAUUCGAUCUGUAGCUAGAGGACUUCAACUUCAGCAGGAAUUUGUCAAUUUUUUCCUCCUCCACUAUAAGAAGGAAGUUUCUGUUUCUGAUCGAAUGGAAUUUGUCAAUGGAUGGUAUAUUAUGAUUAUUAUUAGUGACAUAUUGACAGUCAUUGGAUCAAUUCUGAAAAUGGAAAUUCAAGCUAAGAGUCUAACAAGCUAUGAUGUGUGUAGCAUCCUUCUGGGUACUUCCACCAUGCUGGUGUGGCUUGGAGUCAUUCGAUACCUGGGUUUCUUUCAGAAGUACAACCUAAUUAUACUGACGCUUCAAGCAGCGCUGCCCAACGUCAUCAGGUUCUGCUGCUGUGCAGCAAUGAUUUAUUUAGGCUACUGCUUCUGCGGGUGGAUUGUGCUCGGGCCUUACCAUGACAAGUUCCGUUCUCUGAACAUGGUCUCUGAGUGUCUUUUCUCUCUAAUAAAUGGAGAUGAUAUGUUUGCUACCUUUGCAAGAAUGCAGCAAAAGAGUUACUUGGUUUGGCUGUUUAGCAGAAUUUACCUCUACUCAUUCAUCAGCCUCUUUAUAUAUAUGAUUUUAAGCCUUUUCAUUGCCCUUAUCACUGAUACAUAUGAAACAAUUAAGAAUUACCAACAGAACGGCUUCCCGGAGACUGACCUUCGUACAUUUAUAUCCGAGUGCAAAGAUCUACCCAAUUCUGGAAAAUACAGAUUAGAAGAUGACCCUCCAGUAUCUAUAUUCUGUUGUUGUAAAAAAUAA